GACAAGGUUUCAACAAGGGAAAGUAUAGUUGGGCCAAGAAAGACAACUUCAAAGCUCACAAAGGUCGAAGUUAUUUUAAGAUAUUUUGGAGUUCAUUCAGCAAGUUGCUGAGAUCUAACAAACUGCAACAACUCCUGUCGCCAGUUUACUGCCCAGGAUGUCGAUUGUAAGUGUUUUCCCUUUGGAUACCGUCACCCUGGUUUUGUUUGGGGUUCUGACCAUUAUCCUCCUCGUGUAUUUUAACACCGGGUCUAAAUCUCAUGGAAUCGUCAACUUUCCGCCGGGUCCCGCUCCUCUCCCAGUGAUUGGCAACCUGCACAUGUUGGAUUUGAAGAAGCUGCACAAAUCUUUGAUGGAGCUAUCUGAGAAGUACGGCACAGUUUUCAGCAUCAAGCUAGGACCCAGAAAUGUGGUGGUGCUGACCGGCUAUGAGGCAGUGAAGGAUGCACUUGUCAACCAUGCAGAGGAAUUUGGUGAAAGAGCACGCAUCCCAAUAUUUGAAUUAUUUUCAAAGGGAAAUGGUGUUAUUUUUGGUCAUGGGGAGUCAUGGAAGCAAAUGCGAAGGUUCACCUUAAAGUUACGAGAUUUUGGAAUGGGCAAAAAAACCAUUGAAGACAAAAUAAUUGAGGAAACCGAUUUUCUGAUAAAAAUGAUUGAUUCUUAUAAAGGCCAACCCUUUAAUCUAACCAUUAAACUGAACGCUGCUGUGGCCAACAUAAUUUGCUCUCUGGUUUUGGGGGAUAGAUUUGAUUAUGAGGAUAAAACAUUUAUCAGUUUAGUAAAGAGAGUGAACGAAAACAUUCAACUCGCUGGUUCGACUAUGGUCCAGAUGUACAAUGCAUUUCCCUUCUUGGGAUUCCUUCCUGGAUAUCUUUCUCAAUUAUUCUCCAACUCUUAGCAGAAUAUUGCUUUCUUCAAGAACCUCUUCAAUGAAAACUAUCGGGAACCAAAUGUGAAUGACCUGAGGAGUUUUAUUGAGGGGUUCGUGUUGAGAUAACAGCAGGAAUCGGACAAUCCCAAUUCAUACUUCCAUGAAAACAACUUAACAUACACCACAACCAACCUGUUUGCUGCAGGGAUGGAGUCCACCUCGACCACAAUUCGUUGGGGAAUGCUCCUGAUGAUGAAGUAUCCAGAGAUUCAGAGAAAAGUUCACGAAGAAAUUAUCAGUGUUGUUGGAUCAGAACGAUCUCCUAGAGCUGAAGAUCGGAAAAAUUUGUCAUACGUUGAUGCAGUGAUCCACGAAAUCCAGAGGUUUGGUGACAUUUUGCCAUUGAACGUCACACAUGAAACCACAGUGGAUUUAAACUUCAAAGGAUUCUUCAUUCCAAAGGGAACACACGUGAUUCCAUUGAUGUCCUCUGUGCUGUACGAUAAAACCCAAUGGGAAAAACCAAAUGAGUUCAACCCGUCUCACUUUCUGGAUGCUGAGGGCAAGUUUGUGAAGAGAGAUGCCUUCAUGCCUUUCUCUGCAGGUCGGACGGCCUGUGUUGGUGAGACCCUGGCUAAGAUGGAACUGUUCCUGUUCUUUACUGCUCUGAUACAAAAGUUUAAGUUUCAAGUUCCACCGAAUGUCAUUGAAUUGGGGCUCGAGUCUGGUGUGGGAUUGACUUCAUCCCCCAAGUACCCCUAUGUGUGUGCUAUGUCCGGUCGCGGUAAAACCGGAGGCAAAGGGCGCGCCAAGGCCAAGACUCGCUCCUCCAGAGCCGGGCUCCAGAGACGUAUCCACCGGCUGCUGCGCAAGGGCCACUAUGCCGAGCGGGUCGGGGCCGGAGACCCCGUCGACCUGGCCGCCCUCCUCGAGUACCUGACGGACGAGAUCCUCGAGCUGGCCGGCAACGCGGCCCGGGACAACAAGAAGACCCGCAUCAUCCCUCGCCACCGGCAGCUCGCCUUCCUCAACGACGAGGAGCUGGGUGGGGUCACCAUAGCCCAGGAUGGGGUCCUGCCCAACAUUCAGGCUGUGCUGCUGCCCAAGAAAACCGGGCAGCCCGAACAAACUGCAACAACUCCUGUCGCCAGUUUACAGUGCAGGAUGUCGAUUGUAAGUGUUUUCCCUUUGGAUACCGUCACCCUGGUUUUGUUUGGGUUUCUGACCAUUAUCCUCCUCGUGUAUUUUAACACCGGGUCUAAAUCUCAUGGAAUCGUCAACUUUCCUCCGGGUCCCGCUCCUCUCCCAGUGAUUGGCAACCUGCACAUGUUGGAUCUGAAGAAGCUGCACAAAUCUUUGAUGGAGCUAUCUGAGAAGUACGGCACAGUUUUCAGCAUCAAGCUAGGACCCAGAAAUGUGGUGGUGCUGACCGGCUAUGAGGCAGUGAAGGAUGCACUUGUCAACCAUGCAGAGGAAUUCAGUGAAAGAGCACAUAUCCCAAUAUUUGAGACGACUAUAAAGGGAUACGGUAUUAUUUUUGGUCAUGGGGAGUCAUGGAAGCAAAUGCGAAGGUUCACCUUAACCACGUUACGAGAUUUUGGAAUGGGCAAAAAAACCAUUGAAGACAAAAUAAUUGAGGAAACUGAUUUUCUGAUAAAAAUGAUUGAUUCAUAUAAAGGCCAAGCCUUUAAUCCAACCAUCAAACUGAACGCUGCUGUGGCCAACAUAAUUUGCUCUAUAGUUUUGGGGGAUAGAUUUGAUUAUGAGGAUAAAACGUUUAUCAGUUUAGUAAAGAGAGUGAAUGAAAACAUUCAACUCACUGGUUCGACUAUGGUCCAGAUGUACAAUGCAUUUCCCUUCUUGAGAUUCCUUCCUGGAUAUCUCUCUCAAUUAUUCUCCAACUUCGAGCAGAAUAUUGCUUUCUUCAAGAACGUCUUCAAGGAAAACUAUCGGGAACCGAAUGCAAAUGACCUGAGGAGUUUUACUGAGGCGUUCAUGUUGAGACAACAGCAGGAAUCGGACAAUCCCAAUUCAUACUUCCAUGAAAACAACUUAACAUACACCACAACCAACCUGUUUGUUGCAGGGAUGGAGACCACCUCGACCACAAUUCGUUGGGGAAUGCUCCUGAUGAUGAAAUAUCCAGAGAUUCAGAGAAAAGUUCACGAGGAAAUUAUCAGUGUUGUUGGAUCAGAACGAUCUCCCAGAGCUGAAGAUCGGAAAAAUUUGGCAUACACUGAUGCAGUGAUCCACGAAAUCCAGAGGUUUGGUGACAUUUUGCCAUUGAACAUCACACAUGAAACCACAGUGGACUUAAACUUCAAAGGAUUCUUCAUUCCAAAGGGAACACACGUGAUUCCAUUGCUGUCCUCUGUGCUGUACGAUAAAACCCAAUGGGAAAAACCAAAUGAGUUCAACCCGUCUCACUUUCUGGAUGCUGAGGGCAAGUUUGUGAAGAGAGAUGCCUUCAUGCCUUUCUCUGCAGGUCGGAGGGCCUGUGUUGGUGAGACCCUGGCUAAGAUGGAACUGUUCCUGUUCUUUACUGCUCUGAUACAAAAAUUUAAUUUUCAAGUUCCACCGAAUGUCAGUGAAUUGGGGCUCGAGUCUGGUGUGGGAUUUACUUCAUUCCCCAAGUACCCCUAUGUGUGUGCUGUCCGUCGCUGAUGUAAACAUGAUUUCAUGAUUUACCUGAUUUUCCUUUUAUUCCUUAAUCACAUCUAGAACACACUGGCUGUUAUGUUUGUCAUUGUGCUGAGUCCUGCUAGAGAGGUUUAUACACCGUUCACAAUACACUUUGUUCUGAAUGGCCUCCUUCUGCACUGUAAAGAUUCUUUGAUUCUGUAACGCACAAAGAGGCCGGAAUGUUCAUUAAAGUGAGAGAUACACCAGGA